AAUUAAUUAAAUGUUAGCAUAGAGCUAACAAUUAUAGUCUGAUCAAAAACCAAAGGCAACAUCAUCAAUAGGUAAUACAAGCUUUACUCGCAUAUUUACAAUACUUCCAUAUUAUAAAUUCUGUUUGCAUUUAAAUUUUAGAAUACAGUUCCCUAAAACCUCCACGACACCCUCAAUCUGACUAAAUAGAUCAAAGUAGAAUACAAAAAUAAAUGGGCUAAAAAAGAUACAAGAAUGAAGAACAAGAGGCAAAGCAAAAUGGAAAGGUUUCUUUGCCUUCUUUACCAGGAAUAAAGAAAUAAGAGAUUCCUAAUUUUGAGCCCUGUACUUAAAAUAAAUAAUAUUGCUUAGAAUAAAAGUUGAUAAAUAUCGCAAAUUAUGGAAAUGGCCUAAGAAUUCCAAGUAGAUUGCCAAAACUAGAUGCAAAGAGUGAUGUUCCAAAAUAAAAGCAUAGUUCCAAUGGUCCUCAAAUGAGAAGUCCAAAACAAUUGGAUGAAGAGGCUCCGAUGCCUCAUUAUUCUUCAGUAACACCUGAAAAGAGACAAUAAUUUAGUCCUGAAAGAUAGGUCUUAAACAAAAGGAGAUUGAUGGCAAAAACAUGGUAAGGGGGACUAUUUGCUUCAAAGACCAAAGCUGGUUGUCUUCCUAAUAAGACAUUAAAGACAAAUUAGGAUGCUGCCAUCUUGUUUCCCAAUAAUUUAGAACAGUAAAUUGUUAAGAUCAUUUAGAAAGUUACAAUUGUUCUUUAAUUGCAGUGGGUGAUGGACAUGGAACAAAUGGACAUUUAGUAUCAAACUUAAUUAAAUAACAACUACCAAAAUACUUGGAGCAAUAAUUUCAGACCUAAGGAAGAGAUAUAGAAAAAUGUUUAACUGUAGCUUUUGAGAAAACCAAUAAAGAGAUAAUUGAAAGUGAAUUCGACACGACCUUAUCUGGAUCAACAGCAGUGGCAGUCCUAAUAAGAAAGGAGUAAUUAUGGACUGCCAAUGUUGGUGAUAGUAGAGCCAUUAUAUGUAGAAAUUAAGAUGGAUGGAAAGCAAUCUAAUUGACCAGGGAUCAUAAACCAUCUGAUGAAUAAGAAAAGUAAAGAAUUAUUGAAGCGGGAGGUAGAAUUGAUAGUUAAAGAGGUUAAAAUACAAUGAUAUCUCCUAGAUUUUUAUGGUAAUUAACUAGGACCAGAAAGAGUUUGGUUAUAAUAUAUAGAUGCUCCUGGAUUAGCCAUGACAAGAAGUAUGGGUGAUAAAUUAGGAGCAUAAGCUGGGGUUAUUAGUGUUCCUGAAAUACUUGAAUAUACUAUCACUCCUUAAGAUCAGUUUAUAAUAGUGGCCUCUGAUGGUGUUUGGGAAUAUCUUACUAAUGAAGAAGUAUUCACUAAAUAUUAUUAAGGUAAUGAAUGUUGUAGCUCCAUAUAUUGAAAAAGAUAAUAUUGAUUUGGCUGCUGAUAAACUAAUGGCUGAAGCUAUAAAUGCUUGGAAAAAACAUAGCUUAGCCAGAGAUGAUAUAACUUGCAUUGUUGUUUAAUUGAAAAAUUAAACCUGA